ACUAGUUGGGCAUUCAUUCUAUAGUUUUGUGAUAAUGAGGAAUGAGAAGGAAACGAAGGAAGGAGAAGACUGGAUUCGAGGAGGGAUUAUAGGAGCUGGGGCUUCUGGUACAGUCAGCCUGGGUAUAAGCAAGCCUAAUGCUCAUCUCUUUGCUGUCAAGACCAGUAGCACUUGUACUUCUUCUCUGGAGAAUGAAUACAACCUCUUGAAAUCCUUGGAUUCUCCCUAUGUUGUGCAGUGCCUGGGAAAGGAGUACAGCAUUCAGAAUGGUGUGGGUGUUUACAACUUGUUCAUGGAGUACAUGCCAGGGGGCAGUAUUGGGGAUCUAUUGACUAAGUUUGGGGGAAAGUUGGAUGAGGCAGUCAUAAGAUCCUACACCAGAGGCAUCUUACUAGGCAUCCAAUAUCUCCAUAGACAGGGGAUUGUUCACUGUGACAUCAAGGGGAAGAAUGUUCUUGUGGGUUCCAAGGGUGUGAAGCUUGCUGACCUUGGGUCUGCUAAGAGAAUUAGUGGUAAAGAGGAAGAGGGUUGGAAUUUGAGAGGUACCCCUCUUUGGAUGGCUCCUGAGGUAGUGAACCAGGUGGAACAGGGGCCUGCUUCUGAUAUUUGGUCUCUGGGUUGUACUGUGGUGGAGAUGGCCACUGGGAAGCCUCCCUGGGGCAGCUCUCUGCAUCCCCUGGCUGCCAUGUAUAGGAUUGGGUUCACAGAGGAGUUGCCUGAGAUGCCCCAGUCUCUUUCACCUCAAGGCCAGGAUUUUGUGGAGAAAUGUUUGAGGAGGGAUCCCGGGCAGAGGUGGACCAGUGAACAGCUAUUAGGUCACCCUUUCCUCAGUCAGGAAGAAUCCCCUGUCAUAAAGGAGGGCCUUCUCAGGGCUCCUGAAACCCCAAUCAGACCUUUUGAUUUGAAAGAUUCCGAGUCUUGUUCAUCUGAUGAUUACCCUUGUGUUCCCAUCUUGAAAUUGCCUCUGACUGUUUCAACUGCAGAGAUGGGUGCCUGUGAUGGAGAAGAAAAAGAGGCCUACCAGAAGAUUCCUUCUCCAAGAGAUCGGAUUCAGCAAUUGGCAGUAGGAGGUGAAUUUGAAAGAGUUGUAGAGAAGGAUGAUGAUUGGUUUGGAAGCCCCCUGACUGGUCAGUGGAUUGUUGUAAGGUCCCCCAAACACAAGGAAUCCAUCACAGACGGACACGUUCAACAGUCCAGCAAUGGAUUCCUUUCCAAUGGGAUUUCUUCUGUGCAGCCCGAAGCAGUUUGCAGCCCAAUUGCAGACUCUGGUGAUUGUGCCAAAGUACCCAGCUCAGAAUCACAGCUUGAUGGGUUAUCUUGUAGCAGAAUGGAGGAGCAAAUUGACUGUGCAGUUUGUAAAGCUGAGUGUCCUAAUCAUUUUCAAAAAGAUAACUUCAAGAGCAUGGAUAUCAGUAACUCUGGCUCUUGGAACACAGAGUCUAUCAUGUUUGAGACUGAUACAUCAUCCAAACAAGGGUUCACAAACAGUCAAAUUUCAGCAAAUUGCCGCCUCUCUCAUAUUAUGUUCAUUCAAAAUCAUUCCACCAAAUUAAAGAAAAAUGGUUGUUUAAGCUGCAAUAGCAGAGUGUAUUCAUUUGAUUCAACUUUUAAUUCAAAAUUAUUCCCAUUUCAUUUUACUCGGCUAACAAUGACUUCUCAGAGUUCUUGGAUAGAAAAGCAGCUAUUCCCAAACAUUUGCUCAAAUUUUCCCAUACAAACAUAA